UUUAUUUUUCCUCGCCACCCAAUCAAACCAAGAAGAAAAGAAAAAAGUGUACUCCAUCAGCAUCUCCCGUAAGGCACAGAGACGGUUCCCAUUCUAUACCCAUUUUAGGCCUUUUCUUCUUAUAAUUUCUUUGAUAAUCUGACUUUCGAUUCUCUAGAAAAAGCCCUGCCAUUCUUGGAUCAGGCCUCUUUGAUAAACAAAGUUUCAUGUCUGAUCUCGACGUCCAAAUUCCUACCGCCUUUGAUCCCUUUGCUGAUGCAAAUGCUGAGGACUCAAGUGCCGGUGGAAAGGAGUAUGUUCACAUCCGUGUUCAACAAAGGAAUGGUAGGAAAAGCCUGACAACUGUCCAAGGGUUGAAGAAAGAUUUCAGCUACAACAAGAUACUUAAAGACCUCAAGAAGGAGUUCUGCUGCAAUGGUACAGUGGUUCAAGACCCGGAAUUAGGGCAGGUUAUUCAACUUCAAGGUGACCAACGUAAGAAUGUCUCCACCUUCCUUGUUCAGGCGGGCAUCGUGAAGAAGGAAAACAUCAAAAUCCAUGGAUUCUAAGAUGCAGCAAGCUUAAGAUUUUCUGCUAAUUUGCACACCUUGUUUCGAACCUGGAAUAUAGUACCCGAUUAGGAAAAUAUAAUAACAACUACGCUUUUAUAUCAUCUCUAUGUUGUUUUGAUUGCAUUAUAUGCUCUGCACCUAUUUCUUUUUGAUUUCCAGUUCACUGGAUUAUGUAGUGUUGGAUGAUAAGAAAAUCUUAACGAA